AUGGCCAUUAAACUCUAUGGAUUCGGCCCCUCACAUUGCACAAGACGUGUCGCUCUCAUCCUGAAAGAAAUGAACGUACCCUACGAGCUGGUCUCAGUCGACAUGCUGAAGAACGAGCACAAAGCCUCAUCUUUUGUCGAGAAACAACCGUUUGGUCAGGUACCAUACAUUGACGACGAUGGAUUCCAGCUCUUCGAAAGCCGCGCGAUCGCUCGUUACAUUGUUACCAAAUACGCCUCGCAGGGCCCGUCUCUCCUGCCCGAUCCCGCUGAUGUGCAAAAGUCUGCGCGGUUCGAGCAGGCAGCCAGCAUCGAGUUGAGCAAUUUUGACCCGUAUAUGAAUGCGCUUGCUUGGGAGGUCAUCUUCAAGAAAUACGCAGGUGGUUCCACAGACGAGGCCGUCGUAGCGAAUCUUGUCCAGACACUGAAUGGCAAGGUAGAUGCAUACGAGCUGUUAUUAUCCAAAUCGCGUUAUCUCGCCGGUGAUGAAGUCACACUUGCCGAUUUAUAUCAUCUUCCCUUCGGCAGCACCCUUGGACUUAUGGGGUACGAUCUGCUCCUCAAUCCAUCGAGGCCUAACGUAGCGCGAUGGUGGAAGGACAUUAGCUCGCUUGACCCAAAGUCAACGCGACUUGGCUCUCGCGGUUCUGGUGUCUCGGAUCAGCUAGCGGGAUUUGCCGAAUCUGACCACUCUCCUCCGUCACCAUCCUCAUACUUGACUGUACUUCGACUUACGUCCAAUGUUACGCUUAUUAACGUUUUCCUUGCCGCUGCCGCAGUGACGGUUCACGAGACGUCCAGGGAGAAGCUACCCAUCUACCCAGCCCCGAAUACUGAUAUUCUUCUUCUUGAUACACCGUCCGAGCUUGAGAAACAAAUUGGGGUUGCACGACGAGCAGUAACAGCGACCUACGACGAUGCGCGUGGUCAGGUUCAAGGCGUCAUCUCAAGGUGGAUCAACGUAGAGCAGGCCGUUGAACAGAGGCUCAAAUCGCUUGUCGCGCCCGAUGAACCGCUGACUCCGGGAUUGCUCUAUGUUGGCGUAGCGACUCUCACAGGCUCUAUAUUCGCACGGAAUCGCAUUCUCGCUGCACGAAUCUUCCUUCCCCCAACACUACUAGUUCUUUCGUUCAACCAUUUCCUCCCCAAGACGGCUACUAAUAUUCAGGGAUACCUCGGUUCGCUGGAAGACACCUACUUCCCGACGCUUGCAGAAAAGCACGAGAUUGCUAACCAGCACAGCGCGAUGACAUGGGAGCGCAUCAAAGAUGCCACGUCGAAUGGUCGGGAGACACUAGCAAGUAGCGUCGAGAGCGCGAUCGUCCGUUUGGAGGAUGUGACAGGGCUGAAGCUGAAGGAAACCCUUGGCUGGGGUCAGGGUGUUGUGAGAGCUGCGGAAUCUCAGACGAAGGGUGCUGUUCAAGUUGUUCAGCAAGAGGCAAAUGCGCUGACGGGUGUUGUUGCUCAUGCGGUCGAAGAGGUCAAGGAGGGGGUUGUGGCGGAGACUUCCCCUAUUGUGGAGACAAAAGUAGACGAGAGUCCCAAACGAUUAGUAUGA